AUGGGCCCUCCAUCCAGCCAUACCCGCAGCCCCAGCGCGCAAUCGCCUGCAAAAUGCGCCACCCGAGCCUGCGAUCAAUGCAGGCUGCGCAAGACGAGGUGCAGUCUAUCUCGACCGUGCGGACUAUGUGUUUCAAUGGGAUUUGAGUGCACAUUUCUAAGACCGCAGAAGAAACGAGGGCCCCCGGCACAUCGGGUGUCACAAAUCCGACAGCAGCAGGAUCAGUCGAGGAGGUCUGGAAGUAGGGCUGAUUUGGCCUUUUUGACAGAGACUGAAUCCCAUGCUCCGCCUACUGUCUCGUCGAUGAGUCCAAAUCCACUGGAAGCUGCAGCUGGAGGCCAAGUCCUCUUACCGCAAUCGGAACAGCACCAGUAUAGUGACCCGGCUAGAAAGGACUACGACAAUGGCCUCUUGGGUAGCGGCGCUCCUGCUGCACCGGCUUGGAAUGGGGCCACUGACCUCGAGUACUGGCUGCCGGACAGCUUCAGCUCACAGACAUAUCCAUCUUUCGGCUUCCAGGGAAGCAAUAUCUUCGUCAAACAGAGUCUACCUCCUAUAGUUGACGAGAACGUUGAAGUUGGACUCGGCAAUUCAGCGUCGUUUAUGCCAAAUGACAAUCUCAUGGGCGUGCGCCACGCGGGGGAUGUCGGUACACUGCAGACCGAAUUUUGGCCGUCAUAUAUAAACGAGCCCAGUAUCAUCCCCUGGAUAGACGUCUAUUUUGACCGACUGCACCCGACUCUCCCAGUUCUCAACAGGUCGUCCCUCUUCACGCGGAUCGUCCAACAAGAACACCGCCGCAAUCCCCAAUUCGGCGCAAUGAUUCUUUCUCUUUGCGCCUUUUCACUCACGCAGCCGAUAGAUAUCAGCGAACGCCCGACAUCGUCAUCGCGUGCGGACCAGGCCAAAGUGCUAGUGACCGAGGCAACGCGAAUGCGAACGUCGUCCGACUUCGGCGAGAAUCCGUCCAUUGAAGCCGUCUUAUCCAGUUUCUUUUUAUUUGGGUAUCUAUUCGGAAGCAAUCAGCAUAAUGCAGCCCGGCUCCGGCUUCGAGAAGCCAUGGAUCUCGCGUCGACUUUAGGACUGAAUAAUCCGGCGACAUAUGCCGACUGCUCCACGGAGGAGAAGGGGUUGUGGCUGAGGACGUAUUUGGUUUUAUCGGUGACAGAAAGAGCCUACGCACUCCAGCGCCAGCACCCCAUAAGCUUCACAGGCCGCCCGCUCGACAUCAUCCGCGCAGCCGACGAAAUCCGAAACGCAACGCAGUGCCUAGUCUCCGGCAUCAUCGUGCAUACGGAAAAGGACGCCGCGGGAAUGAUGGGUCUCGCUCUGCUAAUGGAGAUCUUUGACGCCAUUGACGAGGAUAUCCUUAUUUGCUGGAACGCGAGGUGCAAUGUCUCGACGAAGCACGGGGACGGGGAAUGCCACAUACUGACCGAGGCGAAGGCGCUGAGCAUAUACCAGAAUUUGGCGAGGGUUAGUGAUGCAAGUCGGUAUAGGUGCGGUGGGAGGAAUAGCGAUCGGUUUGAGCCGGAGUUUUUGGACGAGAGUCGACGGUACAGUGGGGAUGAUAAUAAUAACGAUGACCAGACAACUAGCACGAAUACGCCGCAGCGUGUCUCAUCAAGAGGAAAUGGAGAGGGGGAGGAUAGGGAGGAUAUUAACAACGAAGCCCGAAUCUUACGAGACUUUGUGUUUCUCUCAGAGACACAGUGUGCUGAUAUACUGGUGACGCAGAAAUGGGUCCAGGACCGACUAUGGAAUUUGUGUUUCAGCCAUGGACUAUUAUCAUCCCAACCGAAACCCCUACAUCCCGGACUCAGUUUCGGCUAUGCACAGAAGAAUGCCGAAAAGGCACUGCGACUAUGUCGGUUGCUACGGAUUAGUGCGCUUGAAGCGCAUGGGGUUGGAAUUAUUGAGAAACUGUACAACAUCGCUACUAGUGCGCUCUUGACGGCACAUAGUGAUCCGGCUCGUGCAGAGGGUGGUUUACAGAUGUCCGAGUCAAUGCGCGCGCUCGCAGGCCAUUAUAUGAAGCUCAUGCAGACGCUGCGCGGCGGAAACCACCCUUACGUCGCUCAGUAUAAGGCGCAUCUUGCGUCUUUUGGCUGGGUUGAAGGUAGCCAUGAUAAUGGAUGGGGAUAA